UUUCCUCACCACCGGCGAAAACGUCAAAGAAAAGUGCGCGAAACACGUGAAAAUUACAAAACUGAAAUUUGUGUUACUGAAAAAAAAAUAAAUUAAACUGUGUGUAUGGUGUUUCAAGCAUUUUUAUUUAUCUAGGGGUUAAAAAGAGUGUUUUCGUAAUGUAAGGAAAUUUGUGUGGAAAAUGUAAAAUUUCCCGGACACGAUGAAAAGUAUGUUAGUGUUAGCGUUUGUGGCCAUCAUCGCUUUCUGCGGCUGUUUAACAGCUCCAACUUGCGUUUGCGAUAAAAGAGAAUGCGAAAUUGUCAACGAAGUGGACUGUCCUGGACUAGGAAUUGUGGUUUGGGAUCCUUGCAAAUGCUGUCAAGAAUGUGCUCGAACAGAGGGAGAGCCUUGCGGUGGAGACCUAGGGUUUAGUGGGACCUGCGAACCUGGGUUAUCAUGCCAACAACCAGGACCAUCGCCAAGUGAAGGCAUUUGUAGACCCAUCAUUUUUGAUAAUCACGAAGACACGUGAAAAAUGCUUUUCUCGUUGUUUUCUUUUUGUUGCAGCACGAAGCCCGUGAUUGGAAAAUACGAGUUCGAACAGUGAAAAAUUCAAUGGAUGACUGAAGUUAAGAACUGCAAAACGAAAAGAAAAUAAAAAGUGUAUAGUGUAAUUCAAGAGGAGGAAGUUUUCUGAAGGAGACAUAAACGAAAUGAAAAUGAAAGAGACUAUGGACUCAGUUUUAGUUUAUUGCUACUUGUGACUGGCAUUGUGUAAAUUUGUGACAAUACAUUUAGUAUUUAAAGCAAAUCAAAAUAUUGUAAGUAAAUUAUUACAUUUCGUAGCUUUGUGUUUGUCGAUAUGUAACCAAUAAAUUGUUUUAUUUAUUUA